AUGGCGGACGCAGAUGCCAUCUACGAGCUCGCACAGCGCAUAGAAUCCAGCAUCGAGGUAGACAAGCGCGUCGCUGCACUCCACUCGCUCCAAUCGCAGCUCGAAUCGGCAGGCUAUGUCGUCGAGGCAGACGCAGUCACAUCCGCUGUCAAGGUGGCGCUCAAACAUGCCAACCAGGCGCUCAGCACCGCCUCGCUCGCCUUCAUCCCCACCUACGCCUCCAUGAUCUACUCGGGCGACGGCACAGAAUCCCACUCGGUGCUCAAUCAUAACGUCCGCAUGCUCGUCAACUCGGUCGGCCUGCUCGUCAUCGACAAGCUCGGAGACCAGAAAGAGCGCAUCCGCGAGGCCGCACGCACCGCCAUCAUCGAACUCGCCAACGCCGCCUACGCCAUCAGCUCCGGUCACAUCACCACAUCCGGCAAAGGCAAAGAGACAGAAACGCCGCUCGGCAUCUUUGAGCGCAGCCUGCGCGAAGCUGGUCUCGCUGCCAAGUUCGCCAGAGUCCGAGAGCAGUCGGUCCUGCUCCUCCCCAUCCUUCGCCAAAACUGCGAAAAGUAUCCGGUCAGGCCGCUCGUACCUAUCACUGUCGAGCUGCUCUCGGACGCCGACGCCACAGUCAGGGAAGGCGCAAGGUCCACGCUCAUAGCGCUCUUCAGCAAUGCUGCUCCCGCCGCCAAGGCAGACUUGAAGAAAGAGCUCGAGAAACGCGCAGUGCGCAAACAGACCGCAGACGCCAUCCUCCGCGAAGUACUCGCCGCACCCUCAUCCGUGGCACCUUCAGUGCUCAGCCCGGAGCCGGCUCCUGCACGCAGCCACGCCUCUUCUUACACUGACGCAGAAGUACCCGCCCGACAGCACAAGACGACAGCACCUUCCACGCAUGCGGCACCACCGCCUCCGACAGCAUCGGCAGCAGCCACCGCUACGGCCGACGACAUCCGGCCCGUCUACAUCGCCUCGCGCUCCGACCUCGAACGCACCUUUGCAUCCAUGCUGCCGUUCUUCGAGGGAAAAGAAUCCGAACACAACUGGCUCAAUCGCGAGCAGUCCAUGAUCAAGAUUCGCGGCCUCGUCGUAUCGGGUGCACACCGCCAGUUUGGCGAGUCCUUCUUUCUCUCGCAGCUCAAAGUCGCGCAGGAAGGCGUGCUCAAGUGCGUCGCCAGUCUGCGAACCACGCUCUCCAUGCACGCCAUCCACCUCGUCCAGGAGCUCGCAAUCGAGCUCGGUGACGACCUCGCUCCCUGCGUCGAGCCCUUCCUCACCAGCCUCACUGCCAUGGCCGGCUUCACCAAGAAGCUCAUCGCCAAUGCCACUCAGGAGGCCGCAGCCGCCAUCAUGGUCAAUGUCAGCUUCAGGCCGCUCUAUCUCCAGCUCAUCUGGCACGGCAUCCAGGACAAGAACGUCGCCACACGCACCGCUGCAGCCGAGCACUUGGCGACGGUGCUGAGCCACCAUGCGGCGCAUCGCAAGCAUGCCGUCGAAUCGCACGGCGGGCUCGACCUGCUCGACAAGUGCUUCCGCAAGGGCGUCGGCGAUUCGAAUCCCGCCGCGAGGACAAGGAGCCGCGAGGCGUUCUGGAUCUUUCAUCAAUACUGGCCCGACCAGGCCACAACGAUUCUGCAAUCGCUCGAUCCUUCGACAAAGAAGCAGGUCGCGGCCACGGCGCCUCCGGACGUCGAGGCAGAGGUGGUUCAGGAGCAGAAGCCUAAGAGCGCGCCAGGGCCCGUUCGAGCAAGGCCUGGCGGAGCGUCGAUGGCUCUCAUCCAGGCCAAAAAGGCUGCCGCGCUCAAAGCGGCGCAGGAACGCGAACGCCAAAAGGCCGAAGAAGCCGCCGCGGCGCACGAGGCGCGUGUGGCCGCAGCUCGGGCUGCGCUCGCCGGGCAGCAGCAACAAGAAAUGCUGCAGCAACAGCAGCAAGACGAGCCUCAGUACGAGGCAUAUGUCGACGAAGCAGCGACGCCCGUCGCGCCGCAGCGCAAGGCGACUGGCUUCAUGCCCACGCGCCAUCGCUCGCAGCAGGCGGGGCAGGCGGGGCAGAGCACGCAGCUCAAGGCGACUAAGGAUCUGUCGGUGCUGCUCAGUCCGACGGCCCACCAGCGCAUCCAGACGGCCAUUGCGGUGCCUCUGCCCACCAGUCCUACGCCCGUCGCUGCCAAUGGAUCAGCACCAAAUCGCUACAACGGCCACGCGUCGCAGAGCGAGACGUCGUCGCAGCCACGAUCGCCCGGGCUCAGCCCGACAGUGUCGCGCACGCGCGCCAUCUCGUCCUCGUCGUUCUCCUCGCAGGGCUCCGGCUCGGCGUCCGGCUCGUCGGCGCGACACCACGCGUCCACAAGCACGCCACGCGCGACGCACACAGCCCAAUUGCCCACAUCUGACGCGCUCGACUCGGACCUCGCCGACCUCAGCGUGGCUGACGUCGGAGAGGAUGAUGAGACGAUCGACGCCACGCAGCACGCGCGCACAUCUGACCUGGACGCUGGCGGCGAGGACGAGACGCUGCAGCUGGCUGCGCCCGAGGACGCAUCGAUGGACCUGAUGGGCAUGAACUUCGCGUCGCCGUUCAAGGUGGGUUCGGGUCGCGCGGCCAAGACGCGGUCGGUGCUCGUUGGACGCGGCGCCGGGGAUGCGGGCGACUCGUUCGAGCAGACGCCCCAGGCGGUGCGCACGCGUGCACAGCCGACCAAGACUCCUACACGCACCGUGUCGUCCGGCAGCUCCAACAGCACCGGCUCCGGCACGCCCGCGAGUGCGGUUCGCCGCUCAGGCCUGCCACGACCCGUAUCGAUGAUCCACUCGCCCGCGUCGGCCGGGCUGCAGCCCAUGCCGCGGUCCACGUCGCAGAGCGGGCUGGCGACGGCGUCGCGCGCGCCGACCAGCGGUGGGAUGGCAGCGGGUACCGUGCUAGAGAACCGUGCAAAGCGGCUCGAGGCGGGUAUGGCGUCACCCGCCAAAGCGCGCCCCGAGGUGUGGACGUGGAUCGAGACGCUCAAGUCGGGCACGGCGGAUCUGCGCACCUUCCGACGCCUGGCCAAACUCUCGGCUGACUUCAGGGUGGCUGCUCGCAGCGCUGGUGACGGUGGCGAUGAGGCAGAGGAGGGCGACGAGACCGUGCUUACAGCUGGACCGAUCGCCAAUGCCUCCAACCGCGUCACGCCGUCGGAUGAAGAUGGCCGCAGCUCCGGCAAGCCCGCCAGUGGGAGCGAUGCAUUUGCGUCGGACACGGCGGCAUGGGAGGAAGGCGGACUGUUUGUUGCGCUGCUCGAAGGUGUACAGCGCUACGUGCCGACGCAGGCGAGCGAGACACGCACGAAUGCGGACGUCGAGCUGAGCGCUUUGGCGGUGCUCAACCGGCUCGUCGAGAACCAGUACCCGGUGCUGUGCUCUACAGCCACGGAGCGGUCGCUGCUCGACACGCUUUUGGGCGCCUUGGACUCUCUCUGCGGUGCAUCGAUAUCGCGUUCAUCGGCAGUGGUGGCGCACAAGACGAUCCUCACAGCGUGGGAGUCGGUGCUUUCCACCUGGGCCCUACGCUGCGAUGCAGUGCUCGGCUUCGACCUGCUUCUACCCCACGCACUCGAUGCUGCGAUUGUUCCCGUGCUGAGGUCGGGCUAUACGCCGCUGCUGCUCCGCUUACCUUCGCAGCUUGUACUCGAGGACUUCCUACCCCGUUUGCGGGGGGUUAUAGUCCAAGCUCUGCGUGGUGAUAAGGCCGAGCAUCGACUGGCUGCGACCACGAUGCUCAAGAAGCUCAACGACGCCGCGCGACCGUAUGUGGCCGAGUCGCACACGCGCAUCUUUAGCGCCCUGCAGCUCAGUGACGCCGACAGGGCGUUGUUGGAUGUGCUCAUGUACUAUUUCUCCAAGCCCUAA